AACGAAAAAAAAAAAAAAAAAUUGUCGCGUUUGGCAGGCAGUCGCAGCCGAUGACAACGUGUGGGAGGAGAAGGAAUAGGAAGAUGAGGAGAAGGAGAAAGAGGAGGAAGAGAAAGUGCAGGAAAAAACGAUCCACACUGACGUGGCAGCCACAACCGAUAACAACGUCUAAGAGGAGGAGGAAGAAGAAGAUGGAGGAGGAGGAGGAAGAAGAGGAGGAGGAGGAGGAGGAGGAGGAAAAAGAGAAAGACGAGGAGGAGGAGGAGGAGGAAAAAGAGAAAGACGGGGAGGAGGAGGAGGAGGAGGAAAAAAAAAGGAGAAGAAGGAGGAGGAGGAGGAGGAGGAGGAGGAGGAGUAGAAGGCGGAGGAGGAGGAAGAAGAUAAAGACGGGGAGGAGGAGGAGGAGGAAGAAGAGGAGAAGGAGGAGGAUGACGUAUGAAAACAAAAAAAUGGGAAAAAUAAAGGCACGCGCUGAUGUGGCAGCCACGACCGAUAAGGACGUGGAGGAGGAGAAGGAAGAAGACGAGGAGGAGGAGAAAAAGGAGAAAGAAGAAGAGGAGGAAGAAGAGGAGGAGGAGGAGGAGGACGCAGAGGAGGAGGAAGAAGAGGGGGAAGAGGAGAAGGAAGAAGAGGAGGAAGAAGAGGAGGAGGAGGAGGAAGAUGAGGAGGAGGAGGAAGAGGAUGAAGAAGAUGAGGAAAGGGAGGAGGAGGGAAGAAAAUUAAAAAAACAUAAAAAGAAAAGAAAAAGGGCACCCGCUGACGUGUCAACCGGGGCCGAUGAGGGAACCCAGGGAGGAAGAGGAGGAAGAAGAGGAGGAGGAAGGGGAGGAGGAGCACGAGGGAACUCUGGGAAGAUAUAGAAGAAGAAAAGGGAAAAGAAAACACGAAAAAAAAAAAAAGGCGUCCGCUCACGUGGCAGCCGCAGCGAUACCGUC